AUGCUGGGUCCCCUUAUCCUUAAUGUGUUUGAGAAAUGCAUGUACCGCGAUCUUAAAAUCCUGGACUUAAUCUCGUUGGGUAGUAAAGAAGCCAGCAAUGGCUUUUCUCAGGGGGCUGGUGCUGUCUCUACCCCCAAAUUGCCGUAUCCCACUCAAAAGUUUCAAAAUAAAUGUAGCUUAUUAGACUCUAUCGCGGACCGGGCGAGGGCCGUUGCUUCCCAAAGAACACCAAGGUUGCAGUGGUAUAAGGAUAUCAAGUCCGAUAUGGUGUAA